AUGUUUGCCAAUCUGGUCACUGCGGCUAAGGGUCUAUUUACGCGACACGAGUCCGAAGAAGAACACGCAGGUACUGCAAGCGACUCUGCCACCACAUCCAACAUGGUGUCCGCCACCAGACGAGGAGCUGUCACGGCCCAACCUGUGCAAGAGACGAUCACCAAAGGUUCUGUGAAGCAUGGAAAGCGCAAGGCACAGCCUACUUCGGCAGUAAAAACAGAUGAAAAGCAGAGCAAGCGGAGGAAGAGGAACAGCCUCGAAGCAGGCAAUGCGACCGACGACGAUACCGGCAAUAGUACUCUGAAAAAGUUAGCUGUGAAUGAUGAAAAGUCAUCUGCACCCAAAAACCACUUUCGGUUCGGUAGCGAAGACCCCGAUGUGCCCGAGAUACCAGAGCCCCAGCCCCAGACGAUCCAUGAGAACGCCCACGACGAUGAAGAGGAGGAUAGCGAUGACGAGGCGCCUGAGUCGAUUGAUAAUUCUGCUCAGCUCUUGAAGAUUAAAGAGCAGGCCAAGAAGCAAGAAAAAGCGAAGCAAUUAGAGGAACAGGUUAAGAGAGAGAAGCGGAGGAAGCUGGAUGAACGCCGAAAACUGCAGGCCAAGUUGUCAAAGCCCAACGAGCUCACAUCACCCAUCGAUGACCUCAUGUCCGAGAGCACUGUCACCGUUCAGGGCUCGAACACACAAGAUGCGCGACAACGCGCCCUUCCCGCAUUACUCCCAGAUGAUAUCCUGAAUGCUGAGCCCGUCAUCCGACCUCCGACCCCCGAAGCCGAGGAUGAAUUUGUACUUCCGAAGAAGCCAAAUAAGCUCCGGUUUCUGGAGCGGACAGAGAAGGCGCCGAAGGAUGUCUGCGUGGGCGAUGUCACCAUUCGAGUGUUGGAUGCUCCCUCUACCAAAAAGAAUACGAAGCCAGCUCUGGCCCCCAAGUCUUCCAAGAGUGGGCGAAAUCUCAAGGAGAAUUGGCUCAAGCGGGAACGGAGUACAGCACAUGCCAAUGGACUGCGAAGGACGAUUGGCGGCUCUUCUGGAUUCAAACGGCGAUGA